AUGUUUGCCAGAAACUGCCUUCAACUAGCAACUAGAAGGUCUUUUGUGACAAAUACUCGUCGUCAAGUGCUUAAAUCUAGUAUUUUACCCAGUGGAUUAGUAUGGACCGUCAGUUUAUUAGGUGCGAGCGCAUUUUACUUCUAUGCCAUGAAUUCGAGAUCUGCUAUUCAUGAAUACGUGAUAUGUCCAAUUUUUAGAUUAAUUACACCUGAUCCUGAAGAUGGCCACAAUCUAGGUAUUUGGUGCUUGAAAUGGAAACUAGCACCAAGAUUGUUCUUUGACAACGACCCUGAAUCUCUUCACAUUGAUGUAUUUGGUAAAAAAUUGAGCAACCCAAUUGGAUGUGCUGCUGGACUUGAUAAGAAUGCUGAAGCAAUCGACGGUAUUAUGCCAGGUGGAUUUGGUUACAUGGAAGUUGGAACCGUAACACCAUUACCUCAACCUGGUAAUCCAAAGCCAAGGUUCUUUAGAUUACCACUAGACGAAGCUGUUAUCAACAGAUAUGGGUUCAAUUCUGGAGGUCAUGAUACUGUCUAUGAGAACUUAUCCAAACGUGUAAAAAGUUAUAUGAGCUCUUAUUUUACUGACAAGAAAGCCGUUGAGAACUUAUCUCUUUAUAAGAACAAACUGCUAGCGGUCAACUUGGGUAAGAAUAAAACAGGCGAUGAAUUCGCGGAUUAUUUGAAAGGUGUGGAAAAAUUUCAAUCCCUGGCUGAUGCUCUUGUUAUCAACGUUUCUUCACCCAAUACACCAGGUCUAAGAGAUUUACAGGCCGAGAGUAAAUUGACCACUCUUUUAUCUCAGAUUGUUACCAAGAGGGAUUCUCUUGUAGGUCAAGGCAAUGCAUUGGGUCAAAAUUCUCACAAACCCCCUAUUUUGGUUAAGAUUGCACCUGAUUUGAAUGAUGAAGCCUUAAAAUCAGUUGUAGAAUCAGCCAAGAACUCACAAAUUGAUGGUAUUGUGGUUUCUAACACUACCAUUCAAAGACCUGACACUCUAAUCACUCAAAAUGAAAGCUUGAAGAACCAAACUGGUGGUCUUUCAGGGAAACCUUUAAAACCAUUAUCUUUGAAAGCAUUGAAAAAUGUUGCCAAGUAUGCAAAGGGUUCCAACCUAGUUCUUGUUGGUUGUGGUGGUAUUUCAACUGGUAAAGAUGCACUUGAAUUUGGUAAAGCUGGUGCAUCUUUUGUUCAAUUGUACACUGCGUAUGCUUACAGGGGUCCAGGCCUUGUAGCCAAGAUUAAAGAUGAAUUGGCAGAUGAAUUGAAGAAGGAAAACAAGACAUGGACCCAAAUCAUUGGUGAGGAUGUCAAAUAA